AUGUCAGAUGCUGUAGUUCGCGCAGGUGUUGUUGUUAUAUCUAUGUUAUUGCGUCAGGAGUUGGAAAAAAAGAAAACUAAAAAUAAAAAAAGAAUUUGGGUCAGAGAUUGGAUUGCUAGACGAGAAAAAUAUGGCGCAUCCAGUACAUUAAUAAAAGAAUUGAAAGACGAAGACACUGCAUCCUACCGAAAUCUUCUAAGAAUGGACGUGGUCCAGUUCGAUAAUUUGUUACAAAUGGUUUAUGAAUUAAUUAAAAAAGAAGACACUCAAAUGAGAAUGGCUAUUCCGCCAAAAACCAAACUAGAAGUAACAUUGCGUUAUUUAGCUACUGGUGAUUCAUUUAAGUCCCUAGAAUAUCUUUUUCGUGUUCCUGAAUGUACAAUCUCAUUGUUUGUACCCGAAGUGCUUACAGCGAUAUCCCAAGUCCUGGAACCAUUUAUUAAGGUAUAG